AUGCUCAUAUCUAUCUAUCUAUCUAUCUAUCUGUGUCUGUUUAUUUAUUUCAGUCUAUUUGUAUCUAUAUAUCUCGGUAUGCAUCUAUCUAUCUAUUUUGUAUCUAUCUCGGUGUGCUCCUAUCUAUCUAUCUAUCUCGGUGUGUUUGUAUCUAUCUAUCUAUCUCUCUCUCUCAAUGUGCUCGUAUCUAUCUAUCUAUCUAUCUAUCUCAGUGUGCUUGUAUAUCUAUCUAUCUAUCUAUCUCAGUGUGCUCGUAUCUAUCUAUCUAUCUAUCUAUCUAUCUCGGUGUGCUUGUAUAUCUAUCUAUCUAUCUAUCUCAUUCUGUUCGUAUCUAUCUAUCUAUCUCGGUGUGCUCAUAUCUAUCUAUCUAUUUAUCUCGGUGUGCUUUUAUAUCUAUCUAUCUAUCUAUCUAUCUAUCUAUCUCAGUGUGCUCGUAUCUAUCAAAGCCUCUCACUGCUCUAUUGUUAUAAAUAUCUAUCUAUCUUGGUGUGCUCGUAUAUCUAUCUAUCUAUCUAUCUCAAUGUGCUCGUAUAUCUAUCUAUCUAUCUAUCUAUCUAUCUCAGUGUGCUCAUAUCUAUCUAUCUAUCUAUCUAUCCAUCUCAUUCUGUUCGUAUCUAUCUAUCUAUCUAUCUAUCUCAGUGUGCUCAUUCAUCUAUCAUCCUAUCCAUCUCAUUCUGUUCGUAUCUAUCUAUCUAUCUAUCUAUCUCGGUGUGCUCAUAUCUAUCUAUCUAUCUAUCAUGGUGUGCUUGUAUAUCUAUCUAUCUAUCUCAGUGUGCUCAUAUGUAUCUAUCUAUCUCGGUGUGCUUGUAUAUCUAUCUAUCUAUCUAUCUAUCCAUCUCAUUCUGUUCGUAUCUAUCUAUCUAUCUCGGUGUGCUCAUAUCUAUCUAUCUAUCUAUCAUGGUGUGCUUGUAUAUCUAUCUAUCUAUUUAUCUCGGUGUGCUUUUAUAUCUAUCUAUCUAUCUAUCUAUCUCAGUGUGCUUGUUCUAUCUAUCCUACAUUUGUUCUCUAAUAUCUCUCAAUAUCUAUCCUACAGGUUCUAUCUAUCCUACAUUUGUUCUAUCUAUCCUACAUUUGUUCUCUAAUAUCUCUCAAUAUCUAUCCUACAUUUGUUCUAUCUAUCCCUACAUUUGUUCCUACUUUGUUCUCUCUAAUAUCUCUCAAUAUCUAUCCUACAGGUUCUAUCUAUCCUACAUUUGUUCUCUAAUAUCUCUCAAUAUCUAUCCUACAGGUUCUCAUAAUAUGCUUUUCUUACUUUCUUCUGUUUAG